AUGUCCUCCUCCAAAGAGGACUUGCGCGAGAGCCUCUCUAAAAUUUCCACUCAAGAUAUCGGGGAGACUGCGAUGCAAGCGAUGGAGUUUUUUAUGGACAGCUUUAACGUUUUCGACGAUGAGGAGGAGGAAAAAGAGGAAGAAUCAGCGUUAGACGUCGCCGAGGAGCGCGAUUACUUGUUGGGAAAUAAACACUCGUUCGCGAACGGGUUUGAAGUCGCCGACGCGGAUGUAAUCAUCGCAGCGGCGAGUCCAACCGAGUAUCGACCAAAAGUUCCCAAAGCUGCUUCCAGUGGUGGUAAAAACGAAAUCUGCGCCAAAGCGUACCUCGAUCGAUUACCGUGCACAAUAACGAAGAAAAUGCCAGAGUGUGUCGGGGACAGUUUUAACUUUGGGAACCACUACUGGACCGUGUCGCAAAAAGCCGUGGAGAAGUAUAAAACCGAUCGGAAUUUGAACUCGAUUAGCAAAGCGACCGGCGUGAAGAAACGCUUGCCGAAGGACGGACCUUUCGACGAGAGAAACGUAAAGCCGUAUAGGAGCUGUGCGAUUGUAGCUUCGAGUAAAGCGCUGAGAGGAAAAAAGUUAGGGGCUAAGAUAGAUAAUCACGAAGUGGUGAUGCGCAUGAACGGCGCGCCGACGAAAGGAUACGAGAAAGAUGUCGGUUUUAAGACCACGUUUCGAGUGCAGCACGGGGGGUAUUUCGGUUGGCGAGAAAAGCCGGAGGAAGUGUGUUUAGGAAAGUGGGCGGCGGGAAGAGACCGUGGAAGUCACUCAGAGUUGGAGAAGAUGGCGAGAACGAAAGUGCACGCGAUUAAUCCGAACUUUGCGAGGAAGUCAAGGACGGAUUGGUUCACGAAGAGGGAUCACCUUCCCACGCAAGGAUUCAGAGCGCUCCUCAUUCUGUUGGCGAGCUGUAAAGAGGUGAGCGCCUUUGGAUUUAGCGGCGGCGCUGGAUGGUACUUCGAUAAAGUGAAAAAUCGAGGGCCGGCAGAUAAAAGGAAACAUGGGCAAGGAUUAGCAAAGAACCGAUGGUUAGAUGCGCCGAAACCGGCGGCAGAUAGAGGUAGUAAUAGCAAGAAGAAACGGCGACUUCUUUCGUUGUUUAGUAAUAGCGAGCGCGAGGGAGAAGAAGAAGUAGAAAAGAACGACGAGAAGUUUAACAUCACGUUACCGAAGCGAUCGUUAUUGGCAACGCAUCCGAGGAAUACGUUGCCGACGACCCACAAGCUUUCUGUCGAGCGCGAGUGCAUCCGAAAUCUAAUCAAAUUGAAAUUUCUGCAGAAAGGCGGAUAA